GUUUCAACAUUUGUUUUCCUUUGUCUCCUACACAGUGAAAAGGGCAGUUGUCUGAAGAACUUACCAGGAAGUGUUUGAUAAGAAUAACAUACGUCUAUGUUCACACAGUGCUGUAUCCAUUAGUCCGAGAUGAAUUUAACUGGAGCGUGUGUGUCGUUGCUCUGUGUCGGUGUGAUAGUAGGGACCCUGGGGCUGGACCAGACCCUGCAGCCCGGGGGUAAUGGUGCGAAUGUGGUGGAGGCGGUUGUUUCCAGGAUUCGAGAGUCGUGCCUGUUCGCAGACGACAAAGGCUUCCUACGGCGUCUAGCUUACGUCCAGUCUUACGACGGAACCGACCCCAAGACGUACCGCCCCGGUUACGAUGGUGGUAUAUGGCAGUUAAGCAUUAGUAAGUUCCUGGAAACGAAAUACAACAACCACCUACUCGAGGAGUAUAACCUUAUCGCCGACAAGUUUAACAUAGACUGGGGCCAAGUACAGUGGGGUGACCUGAGAAAGCCACUCUACUCGGGGAUAGCCGCCGCUCUCUUCACAAAGAUACACGGAGGCGUGGGAUGGCGGAUCGAGGACCAGGCUCAGUUCUUUGCCAACAACUUCCUGAGUAUGGCUGGAAACAACUUUACUAAUUUGGCCGAAAUUCUAGCCCAAGGAUGCUCAAACACAAAGAAGAUAGAUCUGGUGUUCGUCAUGGAUCAGUCCAACAGUCUAUCAAUGGAUGACAACAUACGGUCGAAAAUGUUCAUUCAGGACAUUGUCAAUGACUUCCAGGUGUCAUUAGACAAGACAAGGGUUGGUUUGGUGACUUAUUCCACUCAUGCAACAACAAGAUUUCAUCUAAACACGUACGGCAGUAGUAGCGCGGUGUCUACAGCGAUAGACAACGUACCGUUCGACAGUGGAACCACUGCAACAGACGAAGCUCUCAUCAAAGCACUCACGGAUGUCUUCCAGGUGUCCCAUGGAAGCCGCCCGGAUGCUGUUAAGGUUUUGAUCGUCAUCACAGACGGUGUUUCUAACGACCGACUAAACACCAUCCACGCUGCCCAGGGGAUCCACGACAACAACAUCGUCAUCUUCUCGAUUGGAGUAGGCAGUCACAUCAACCACGCCGAGCUCAACGCCAUAGCAACGAGUCCGUCCUGUACUCACGUGAUGACAGUGUCAGGCUACACCGACCUCACGGCGCUCAAACAGGAGAUACAAGAGAAAACGUGUAGAGCUCCCGUAUAUAUACAAAUGAACCACACCUACACGUGUGUGAUGGAGGAGUGUCCUCCCCUUGCAGUCAUUACGCCACCAGGAGGUGUUACUGUAGAGACUAACGUGACCUGCGGUAAAAUCACAUUAUUCACGGCCUUUGGAAACCCGUUCCCAGGAAACUCUUUCUACGAGACGUUUUCUCAAACUGAGGCUGCUGAUCUUGGUGCCCUGUUCAGGAACACCACUACCACUCAGACGCUUUUCAUGAGUCUUGAAGAUGCACUCGCUCUGACCAAUGGGACCAGGGGUUGUACCAUCAACGUAACGCCUUACAAUGGAGAUCAUCGUUACCAUGAAGUAAAGUGCUACCUGAAUGGUGACCAGAUUGAGUGCCCAAACGACUGUAAAGAACCCUGGGGAUAUGGCAACAUAUGCACAAAGGAAAGUUUACUUGCCGGAAUCACGAAAUUUCCGCAUCCGGAUGAUUCGACCAAAUAUCUAGAGUGUGAUAUCCAGGGCAAACUUUAUGUGGUACAGUGUCCUCAGAACGAAUCCUACUACGACGACUGUAAGCAGUGUAUUGGGGGUGAAACACCCUGCGUCAAACCAGGUACUCCGCUCUCAACCGCCAUUGGAAACCCUUGUUCGGUGGAAGCUAUCUUGGCUAACAAGUUUUUCUUCACCUACCCAUCCGACGUGACAAAGUUUAUCCAUUGUGAUGUCUGGGGCAAGGCUUGGGUACGGCCGUGUCCUCAAGGGGAAGAGUGGGAUCAGCAUGAGUUGACCUGUAUCGUACCCUCCAAAAUUGCUAACCCUUGCCGCUCUAGAUCCUCCGGAGAUCCGUUUCUGUACACGUACCCCUGUGACCCGACUAAAUAUAUUCAGUGUGAUCUUUGGCAUGAAUCGUUUACCCGCCAGUGUAAUCCGCCAUCUUUCUACUUCCAACAAUCAUCAGAGUCUUGCGUAAGUCCACUGACAUUCGUGCCGACCACCCCACGCCCGGGAACUUGUGAUGGGGUACCAGCUACGAUCACUAACCCUGCAAUCAUAUGGACCCAAGCACCACAAACAGCGGCACCUACCAAUGGACUUCCAGUGAUAAACACGCCGUCAAGUAAUGGGGCGUACCCUUUCUGUCGCAACUGUGCCUUGUACACUUCGCCCUGUGACGCGGAGCACAUUCGUCAAAUGAAACUGUACUUCCCCGUGCUAGGUGACCGCCAUCACUACAUUCAGUGUGAUCUGACCGGCCACAUGUACUUACAGACGUGCACCAACAACGGACUGGACUAUUUCGAUCCCAUCACUUUCACUUGUGUCGACGGUGGCCUGGCGGUUGACAAUCAGCUAGGCCGCUGAGGAUCGAACUAGCCGCGACCUAUUUUGAUAUCUUUUCAUUACAAACAGCAUGUACUUCGUAACAUUGGUUUCUAGUUUUAUUGUGGUUUGUAAAACCGAAUUAUUUAUAUGAAAGCAUAAAUAUAGACCAAGGUUGCUUGUUGUAAAAAGUCAUGAAAAUUUUGCUGACUAAAUUAAUAUGAAGUUUUU